AUGCCCACCGACAUCGCCAAUAGAAUUGUUAGCAAGAGACUUCCCUCAAUCAUCUCGAAGGUCUGGCAGAUGAUCUAUCUUGGCGCACGUACUUCUCCGGUGGGGUAUUUACGGCAGCUAGAAUGGGUCAUGGUGCAUAAAGAAGUAGAAGCGGACGUUCAGAUUGCAUGGGACUGCGGCUCCGAUGACGUGGCCCUCACCACUGACAGCGACACUCUUCCCUAUGCCAACAUCGGAAAGAAGGCCCAAACCCUUCAAUCGUUUGAUGAAACACAAGACGUCGGCUCCUAUGCCUGCUAUGGGCUAUUGCCUUGUGCAGUUUGGUCAUGUAUGGAGGCCCUUUUACAGAUCAUGUCAAGAAAUGCCCUGUCAGAACCAUUAAUCGCGUUUCCCGAUGAAGGAAUUUUGCAUGCAAAGUUCCAACAUCCAUGGUCACGGUUGGAUACUCUUUGGUCAGGUUCAGUGCUCCUGUUCGAUUCGAACGGAUCGAAUUCGAAUAAGCCCUAUCCUGGAUCGAUUCGAAUGACGCAAAUGGUUCGAAUGAAUCGAAUGGCUCGAGUAUCAAAUGGAGGCGAUGGUAACGGUGGAGGCCGUGGCCGCAGGCAUGGAGUUACUGUUUCAGUGCCGUCAUGUUUUGGUGCUUUCGUUCUCUAUAGCUGUAUCGAGGAUGCCGAGAAGGCCAUUCAAGGUGAGUAUGGCAUGAUCUGCGAUCAGCUGCCCCGAGUGAUAGGGAAUCAUUGGAUGCCAACGAGACCCUCACAAAGUGCCCAGUCUGUCGCAACUUCAUGGGCAGUGUCGACUUGCGGCAUCUAUUUUGCCCUCACUGCAAGGCCUAUGUGUACUGCAACAUGCCUGGAGCCCACAACACCACAAAUGUUGUUUGCGGCUAUAUCGUGCAGCAAGAAUAACCGCAGUACCUCCACGCUGUUGACGAAGCAGGAUGAUAUAUUUGGUCAAAGGCAGCUACGACUACAUAUAGGCCCUAGCAUCGUAUCAGCAUCAGCAGCAACGUAG